AAGCAACCCAACAUCUAUGCCCUGCAGCACUACUGGGAAUUAAACGAUAAAUCUCGACUGCGGAAUUUCCAUCAGUGGCAAUUUCAUGUUGCCGAUCAAGAUUAUCCACCACGCUGUUUCAUCUAUCGCAAUCGUUGGGGACAAUUGGUUCGUGCUGGUUAUUAUUUUAGAGUUAUUGAGACAUUCAUAAAACACCACAAUGGUACCAUGCGUCAUUCGCUCUGGGAUAUAUGGAACAUGAAAGUGCAUAGGACGUCUUUGAGGGAUUACGAUUUCGUACCGAACCAAAUGUUGCCCUCCGAGAAUAUGACAAAUAGUUAUCCAUUUUUCUUUACCAAUUACGUAAUGGUUGUGCCACGUUCCAGAGAAGUGGAUUGGUCUCUGUGGUUCGUAUCAACAUUUGAGAUAAGCGCCUGGUUGGGCAUACUUCUUACUGUGUUUAUGCUGAUUCUGUUAUUUCUACUGCUGUUUUCCACACGCAAUUGGAUUGCCAGGGGAAAAUAUUUCGGCAUUACGAUGAUACAAACCCUGAAAGUUGUUCUCUUCCUUGGCAUCGAUAUCGUGGAAAAGCGCGACUUUCUUCAUUUCCUCCUCAAUUUGAUCUUCCUCUUUACCGGAUUCUAUUUAACCAACUCGUAUGGUUGCAGUCUAUCCAGUAUGUAUACGGCCCGAAUCUACGAACCUGAAAUCCAAAAUAUGCAAGAUAUUGCCAAAACCAAUUUACGUAUUCUUCUUCACACCGCCCAGGUUCCACAAUUCAAGGCGGUGAAAAAUCUACCUCCACUAUUUUUUGAACGAAUCUACACCCGUAAGAAUAAUACCGAACUAUCUGUGGAACGUAUGGACUUGAAUACGAGCUCUAUUUAUUUGAUUCGUGAUGAUUUAGCCCGUCUGAUGAUAUCACAACAGAUUUACAUGAAAAGACCCCGCUCGAAGAUGUUACCCGAAGCUAUAUUGUCCACACAUAUGGCACUACUGCUGCAGCAUGGUUCAAAGGUUGACGAACAAGUCGAUGAUUAUCUUGGCCGCAUUACAGAAAGUGGCAUAUUUCGGAAAUACCUAUCCGACAGUCAUUGGGAUACGUAUGUUGCCGGUCGUAGUAAAUUCUUUCAUGAUGAAGUAUUGAACCGUUCCCUGACUUUGGAAUAUUUUUACUAUGUCUUUUUAAUUUG